UCAAGUGUACGCGCGCACACACUUACUUUCUCGGUGUGCAGCGAUAAUAGGAGCGUGCGGUGGAUGUGAUAAAGACAGAGUCAAAGACCCUCCGUCAGUGUCAUGGCGCCCGCUGUGUGCAGGGAUCAGGCUCCGGGUCCUCGUUAAGGCGGGUGCUGGGGUGGGGGAACGUUGUUGCGGUGCCCGGAGCGGAGGCGGGUGGCCAUCACCAUGGCCGUGCUGACGGAGAGGGAGCGGUGCGGCCUCCGCGAGAUCCUGCACAGCCUGGGCCACUGUGAGCUCUUCAGUGUCGCCGACACCGUCACCAACCGCAUGCUAAAGAUCGACAGCGACCGAGAAGCCAUAGAUGCGAUACUGAGUUACAGUCAGAGUGCCGAAGAGCUGCUGAAAAGAAAGAAGAUCCACCGUGAGAUAAUAUUUCAAUAUUUAGCAAGACAUAAUAUUGUUAUGCCAUCUAAUGCAGAGAAAUACCAGCUUGUUCAGAAAGUUAUAGAAUAUUGGAGUGAAGGCAGCGCUGAAACCCAGACAAAUAAUUCUUCAGGAAGCACAUCAGCAAGUUAUGUCCCACAGAAUGAUUUAAGAGCCAAUUACAGGAACGAUAACCAAGCAAUGGGACUAGAAUUCUGCAAGUGGUUUUAUCAGCUUCUGAACUCUCAGAAUCCAUUACUGGAAGAACAGUCGAAAGACUGGGGCCCCCAACAUUUUUGGGAAGAUGUUAUACUUAAGUUUUCCUACAGAACUUCUGAACAGCAGAUGGAGGUAUACAGUGGUGCAGUUAUGGUCAGCCUUCGUUUAUUAGCACUGACGAAAGAGGAACAUCUAUUCCUGAAUCCUAACCUGACUAAUAGUGGACUGAAGUGCAUCCAUUCACCUCAUGGAUUAGUUAUUAUUGCAGUGGCUGGUACCAUUCACAGAGAGUCAGUCUGCCUGGGAAUUUUUGAGCAAAUCUUUGGUCUUAUCCGUUGUCCGAACAGUGAGAACAAUUGGAAGAUGAAGUUUGUUCACCUAAAGAUUACUGGUCGUGGUGCAACAACAACGCCACCAACUGUCCAGACUAGUGACGAUUCAGAGCCACCUGUCAUUAAAUAUGAAUCCAAUGAGCUACUGCAAGUUUUUGAAGAACACAGCUUAGGAAUUUGUGAUUGAAACUGCGUGGCCUGUUGCCCUUUAUGAAGAUUGUUGUCUGCUAAUUGCUCAUUACUGCUUCAUAAAAUCUGAAGUGCAACGUUUCAUUUGUGCUAGAAGGCAAUAAAUUAUAUUGUGCUGCAACUAGUACUACCAUUCAUGCUAGUGUGUAAAUUCUGGUGCCAAAUAAAAACUUAUGGAAACAGACUAUUGCUCAUGCAGCAUACUACCAGUAUGUGCGAUUUAGUCAAACUUCCUGAGCGAAGAAAUGUUACAAAAUUAGUCUUCAACAGAUAAAUGUUGUUUCACCAGAUUCUUUUGCUUUUUCUGCCCCUACCUUUGCUGCUGAUGAAUAUUUGCUCUCCCCUUAGAUCAUAAUUAAUUUAUGUAUUUGAUAAGGCUUUAAGGCUAUUUUCUUAGUUUCGGCUUGACUUCUUGCUGCUAGCACUUGGCUCCUGACUAAGAAUAUUGGCUUUGACCUCCUUCUAGUCCGAUGAGCAAAUAAACUAGGUUGAUGCUAUAUGGUAGUGCUGUAGGAGUAUGAGUUGCUGAUCCUCAGAUGAGAUCCAGAAUUCAGGAUAGGAAAUGCUGGAGGUUCUCAGCAGGUCUGUCAGCAUCUGUAGAGAGAAACAGAGUUAAUGUUUCACAACUGUUGGAAGUUUAAAAACCUAAAAUGUUAAUUCUGAUGCCAUCUCCACAGUACCAGAUCUGUUGAAUGUAUAUUAUAAUUUUGUGUGCAUUUCAGAUUUCCACUGUCCUCAGUGGCUUGUUUUUGUCACAAAUUAAAAUUGUCGGUAUUGGUUGAAGAAGUCAAAAACAAGUUAGCUACUCACUCAUUACGUUGCUAUUUAUAGAAUCUUGGUUUACAUACAGCAACCACAUCUGUCUCCCACACUCCUCCCCCCCCCCCCCCCAAAAAAAAGCAAAUACAAGGAAAAGAAAGAGGUAAUACCUAGCUAACCUCCCAAGGUACCCCACCAGGCAUUACUUAAUACCAUUUUCAACUCUGCUGACACUUAAUUCUACCUACUUGAUAGAUGAGAACUUUCUUCCAAAAUAUCAUCUGCUGGGACCAUUGAUAAAAUGAAACUGUUGGGGCUUAGUUAAAUGGUUAAGCAGCUUGUCCAAUAUGCUGAGUAUUAUUAAGGAGCCAUCUUGUUUCUGCCAGGAAUCUCCUCAAUAUAGGAACAGAGUAGGCUGUUCAACCCCUCAGCCUUUCUGCCAUUUAACUAUAUCAUAGCUGACCUCCAAAGUGCCUGCCGUGUUGAAAUAUGAUAGUCCUGUCCAAUUUUACCAAUAUAAUUUUAACAUUUUUAGUAUGUGUUAAGAGUAUGACACAAGCAUUGUGAACAGAUCUGUAAAGCUCACACUUCAAAGUAUUAAACUUUAAUUGUGCAUCCAUUUCUGAAGACAGCUGAAAAUUAUUUUUUUUUUGUUAGCACUCCAUUUGAAGUAUGAACAGUAGGACUCAACGAUCUAUUUGGCACCAGCUCUACAUUUGUGUUCUUCCUAAAUACACAUUUCACAUUUUAGUUCUGAUUGUUGGUAUAUAUUUUCUGCUGAUUUAUUAUUGAAGAUUGGAUUUAUAGUUAACAAAUGUUAAUGUAAGAUAUUGUAGACAUAAUGAAAUGCGAAUGUGUUAUAAAUAGAAAUGAUCUUUGUGUGUUUGAAUUGUAGGUACUGUAUCAUAUUUCAACAAAUAAAACUGGUCGCUGAGUCAGUCUUUGAUCACAGUAAC